GGUCAGUGAGUUUGAUUUAAAAAAUAACGGGCAGUUUUUAUUUAAAUCCCUGAUUUAAAUGCUGCGUUUAAUAACAAACAAGAUGUAUUAAAGGUGAUGUAACUUUGUAAUGUUUCUGUGAUAUUUUGUGUUCAUUUCAUUCAUUAAAUUAUCAUCAUUUAUCGCCAUGGAUUUUAAAAUGAAAAGUGACAAAAAUAAAACGCCAAAAUCGAAAAUAAUCGGUAAAGUUUUGAAUGCCAACAGCCCUUUUAGUUCAUUUCCUAGUUUUUCCACACCCCCAUCAAGAUUCGUAAAGAUUUUCAACCCUUUUAGUCAGCAUUUAGUGGAAAGAUUGCAUUUGCCAACUCUAAGUGGUAGCCCCUCAGUAUUCAACCCCAUAGAAAAAGAGCAGGAUAAGUUUAAAUGGAGUAUAGAUAAUAUAUCUAAAUUUCAACCGGCUGAUAUAGAUGAAACUACCAUUGAUCAGCAUGUAUUUGAUGAUGAUUCUCACUUGGAAUCAAUAGUUCAAGACAAAAUAGACAAAUUUUUCAGCGAAAAAGUUAUAAUUCCUAGUCCUAUGACCAACGAAGUUAAAUCCAGAGCUUUAGUUUGCAGUCAUAGCCCCAUGAGACGUCCAAUAAAGCAGUCUGUUACUUGUUCCACUCAAACAACAUUAACUCUACCUCCCAAACUGCCUCCACAUGUGGAGGAAGCUUUAAAACCAUACUUCUGCUACUCAGAAGAGAAAGACAAUGUGAACACUUCUUUACAUCAUCAAUUAUUUGAAAUUGAUACUCCAUCGAAGAAUAUUGCUGAUGUAUCUAGAGUUUCAUCUCCAGCCCUUUCUACAGGGUUAAGCCCCAUACACUUACCAACACCAUUUACAGAUGAAAGGGACAAUAGUUUGGUAAUGCCUCCAGAUUGUACAUUGUCUCCGAUUGGAAGAAAAUCUCCAAAACACUCCAAAUCAGCAUGUAGAUUAGAUUUUUCCGAAAAAAUGAGUGUUGAUGCCUCUAUGCUUGUACCUGAUAUUAGGAAUACCAGUAAUCUUUCUAUUAAAGAACCCAAUUGCUCAAUAAUCCACGACAACACCGUUAAUUCUUCUCUAAACUGGGACAUGGAAUACAAACAAUUAUCUCUAUCUCCCACGACUCAUAAUUCAACGGAUAAAAUGGACAUCUCAAACACCACCACACCUCAUUCGAAACAAUUUCCUAGUCAGAGAAAAAGACUUUCCGAGAGCUUCAAAGACGAGGAAUACGAAGAAGACCUCCUUCAAUUGAAAGAAGAUAGGAAAAUUAAAAAGCAGUCUGUCAGAGACGAACUUGCCGAAACUGGUUACAUGACGGGUAGUAUACAGCUGGAGGAUUUGACCUGGGAUCCCCAUGUUUUUGCUUCGACGCCGAGCAAGACGAAAAGUAUUGUUUUUUAGAAAAAUUGUAUAAAUAUUAUAUACAAGGUGUCUGGAAAUGUGCAAAAAACUCGAUUCUUCAACGCAAGAAAAAAGUUUUUUGUUUAUCAUGAUCAUGAUGUGACAAGGUAUAUUUUUUGAACAAAAAAUAAUUUUAGUUAAAAUAAUUACAAGACUGGGUAUUUUAAGCGACUU